AUGACCAUGACUGAACCGCAAGGACCAUUAGAUACGAUUCCCAAAGUAAACUAUCCACCGAUAUUAACAUUGGCUAAUUAUGACUUGACCAAACAAAUGAUUAGACAGGUCCUCAGUGAAGAUCAAGAUUAUGUAUCAUGGAAAUUGAAAAGUUUUAGAACAGGCGGUACCAUGAAUUCCUUUCUGCAAACAAAUUUACAACAUCAACGAGAACAGCAACAAGCAAACAAUGUGAAAGAAAAAGAAAAUAGAGUAAAGAAACCAUCAACAAAGAAUCAAAUUAAUAAUGUUCCUAAAAAUGUUAAAUUCAUUAGAGAUAUAUAUGAAACUAUACAAGCUGAAGAAAUUAAGCAGAAUAGGAUAAAGGAAUUAGAUCAUGAUGAACAAUUUAAAUUAUUGGUAACGAAUUUGGAUGAAGAUCAAACUAAUCGAUUUGAAGUUUUCCAUAGAACUUCUUUGAAUAAAAGUCAGGUAAAGAAAUUAGCAGGCACUGUAACGAAUCAAAGUAUUAAUGAUAAUAUACGUGUUUUCCUUCAGGCUAUUGGGAAGAUUUUUGCUGGAGAAAUAAUUGAAAAAGCGUUGGAUGUUAAAUUGAAAUGGCUUAUGGGGAAAAUGGUUUGUGAAUUUGAUCGUCGAAAAGAAAUUGGAGUUCAAUUAGAAAAAUACUUGAAGAAAUUAACUCUCUUAUUAGUAAAAGAGGAUGAAGUGGGUGACGAAUACAUCAAUGAUGGCGUCAUUGAAUGUUCACCUGAUCCUUAUUUUGAUGAUGAGAAGGAAGAGAUGAAAUUUAUCAAAGAAGGUAAUAAAUUGUUGGGAAGUAAGGAUAAUACCCAGGUAAUAAGACUUGGACUAAUCUCGCAUUAUAAUACAUUGGUGAAAGAAUUUAAUAAAUUGGAUGUUAGUGUAGAGAAAUAUAAUAAUAGUCCUCUUUUACCUGAACACAUACGAGAAGCUUGGAGAUUAUAUCGAUUAGAAAACGAUACAGUAUCUACAGCGCAAUGGAGGCGACAAGGAGAAAGAAGUGGGACCAUGUUCAGAUGA